CACCGACAGGGGGAUUGCAAAGUUUGGUGCGAGAAUCUAACAUGAUUCAAGAUGGCUCGGUCGGCGUGUUGAGCGUGAGGAAGUUUCUGAGCUAGCGAAGUUUUUAAAGCUUUCUUAAUAUAUUUUUACACAAUAGCUAUAAAAGAUGAACCAGCGGCGAAAACAAGUAGAGAGAAAUGGCCAUGCAAAAGGAAACUUAUCCUCUGUAUGGGUACGAGCGUUCACGCCAAAUUCCGAAUGGCCCGACAAGGACGAAUUUCUCGACGUCUUGUACUGGUCACGACAAAUUCUUGGAAUUCUCCUUGGGCUGGCGUGGGGCCUGGUGCCACUGAAGGGAUUCUUGGGAAUCGCAUUGUUCUUCUGUGUUAACACAGUACUUGUGUAUGGCUACACCAGCUCAUUCCAAAAGGUGGAUGAUGAAGAGUAUGGUGGUGUGUGGGAACUUGUGAAAGAAGGUUUUGUUACAUCAUUUGCAGGCUUUUUGGUAACAUGGAUUAUGAUCUAUUCUGCAAUGCAAUAUGACUGAUGCAUUUGUGACCUGAAGGACUGGUGGUGACGUGUGUGGUGGCACAAUUCUUCCAUCCAUCUGCGUUUAGGGCAAGGCAAAAUGGACACGUGAAAGCAUGUGGAAGUGGUUCUCUUAUUGUUUUUUUUUUGUCACUAGCACAUCCCAUGUCUUAUACACGUUGCAUACAAUAAAUCUACAAGUUUUUUAGAGA